AGGUCCGAUGGCUGCGGAGGCGCAGGGCACAGUGACCUUUGAGGAUGUGGCUGUGUGUUUCUCCCUGGAGGAGUGGGGGCUUCUUAAUUUGACCCAGAGGAACCUGUACCGUGAUGUGAUGCUGGAGAAUUUUGCGCUCAUUGGCUCGCUGGGAUUUGCACCUUCAAGGUCCUGUGUGGUUGCCCAGCUGGAGGAUGAGGAAGAGCCCUGGGUGCCCAACAUGGUGGACGUGACUCUGGUCAGCAGAGCAGAGGCCAGGAGGGGUCCUGGUCCUGGUGAGUGGGCUGGGGGUGCCUUGUUGAGUGACAGGCUCCCACGUGCUGGGUGUCUGUGUGUACUGGUGUUGUGGUGCCGAGGCCAGGACUGCAUUUAUCCCCACCUUUCCUCUCCCUUCUGGACACACCUAACUGACUUGUCUGUUUCAGGUUGUCCAUGUACACUGGAGGAUGAGGAAGCCCCUCCUGAGCAGGUGAAGAGCUACAGAGUCCGCCUGUCCGAGAAGCCCUUUCUGUAUGGGGUGUCUAGGAAGGCUGUCCCAGCCACCUUAGGCCUCCUCCUACACCAGGCCACCCACAGCAAGGGGAAGCCACACGGGAGCACCGAGCACAAGGAGGCCUUCCCGCCCAGCUCCAAUCACCAGCCGCAGCAGGGUGUCCACGCUGCACAGAAGCCCUUCAAGUGCAGCGACUGUGGGCAGGCCUUCCUGAAGGCCUUCAUGCUCCUCGACCACUUAACUCACUCUGAAGAGAGACCCUUUAGAUGCCCAAAAGGUGGAAAUGUCCCCAAGGAGAAAUCAACCCUUGUGAAUCACCAAAAAAUUCACACCGGAGAAUCAUCCCAUGUGUGUAAUGCGUGCGGAAAGGCCUUCAGUUACCCAUCUAAGCUGAGGAAGCAUCAGAAGGUUCACACGGGCAUAAAACCUUUCAAGUGUGGUGAGUGUGGGAAAACCUUCAACCGCAAAGACGCACUUGUUCUGCACCGGAGAAUCCACACCGGAGAAAGGCCUUAUGAGUGCAGUGAAUGUGGCAAAGCCUUCAGCGUUCUGUCCACCCUCAUUCGGCACCGGAAAGUUCACGUUGGAGAAAGGCCCUAUGAGUGCAGGGAAUGUGGGAAGUUCUUUAAAUACCACCAUAGCUUUAUCCUUCACCAGAGAGUUCACACCGGAGAACGGCCCUAUGAGUGCAAACAGUGUGGGAAAACGUACGUGACCCGCUCUGGCCUCUAUCAGCACUGGAAAGUGCACACCGGAGAACGACCCUACGAGUGCAGCCUGUGUGGGAAAGCCUUCACGACCAGGUCCUACCGCAAUCGGCACCAGCAGUUCCACACGGAAGAGAGGUCCUAUGAAUGUACAGAAUGUGGGAAGGCCUUCAAGCACAGUUCCACUCUCCUUCAGCACAAGAAGGUCCACACUAAAGAAAGGCCAUAGGAGGACAGGGAUGUGGGAGAGCCUUUAACCAGGGCUGACCCCUUGUUCAACGUGAAAGGUCUCACUCCAGAAAGGAGAUUAGGAGAAUGGGGUGGUGCCAGGACUGUGCUGGGCCCAGAUCACAGCCCUGUCAUCACAGCUGACUGCGGAGGAGGCAGAGAGGACACCAAAGGGAAAGAGCAGAAAAUCCCUCUUCCUGCACUCAGCAAGUUCCUAUAUAUCCCCUGCCUUGUGAACUGCUACUGCGUGCUGGAGACUGAACUCGCCCAGCAGGGACAGAACACAUAG